AUGAAGGCUGUCCUCCUGGCCCUGGUGGCCGCGGGCCUGGUGCUCCAGCCAGGCUCUGCCCUGCAGUGCUACUCCUGUAAGGACAAGGCCAGCAACGCAGACUGCCAGCACGUACAGAACUGCACCAGCACCGAGACCGAGUGCUACACGGAGCACAUCCGUGCUAUUGGCCUGACCGUCAUCAGCAAGGGCUGCAGCUCGCACUGUGUGGAGGACUCACAGGACUACCUUGUGGGCAAGAAGAACGUCACAUGCUGCUCCACCGACCUGUGCAACAUCAGCGGGGCACACGCCCUGCAGCCAGCUGCGGCCGCCGUGGCGCUGCUCAGCACACUGGCUGGCCUGCUGCUCUGGGGCCCCAGGCAGCUUUAG